CCGAGAGAUCAAAGAGAAAUCUGCAAAUUACACCCUUAGACCAUGUUUACCUAUGGCAAACGCACAGCUUUAUUGUGAAGCUGCUACGAGAAGUGGCACUAGUAGAAAUGCGUGUUUCUAGGUCGUCAUGAGAUCCUAGUAUAGAGAAUUUUCUUCCACCAGUAGAGUAGUGUGUACUCUGCAUGCUUUUCACUAUUCUCGUGGUAGAAAAAACAAGUACGCUAAUAUGGCGGAGAUGCUCUCCAACCCGCCCUCCCCUGGCGGCAGCCCAACUUCUCCAGCUACUAAGCCCGGUUACAACCCUGAGAAACUCUCCACCAAAACCAAGCUACUCCUCGCCUCCGGGGAGGCAGUUCAGGGGGCCUGGACCACCGUCGCCGGGUUUUUCCUGAACGCGUUUUUCCUAGAAACGUGCUGCUUAUCGCCCCAACAGGUCGGGUUCAUCCAAUUGAUCCAGGGCAGCUUCGACGCGGCGAACGAUCCCUGCAUCGGCUACUUAUCCGACCGCACCAGGUGUUACGGGAGAAAAUCCUUCAUUAAGGGCCGACGACGCCCCUGGCUGUUCUACGCCGCACCCUUUCUCGCCGUGGUUCAUAGUGCUCUAUGGUGGCCGCUGGAUGUCACCACUACCACUUCCACCCAGCGGUUUUGGUACUACUUGCUCUGCUACAUGGGCGUGUCGAUCGGAAUUUCCUGUAUUCAACUCCAGAUCGUCACACUCUGUCCGGAGCUAUCCGAGGACUAUUCCGAGCGGGUGGAAUUGAACGGGCUAAGGCUCGCCGCAGUCGUGAUUUUCGGCUUCCUCAUCGCGAUAGUAAGACAAGCGAUCAUCUACACGGAGGUGUUUGGCGGUGGGGAAAAUGGCGGGAUUAGGGCGAGCGGGAUUGUGUUGUCGAUUUUCAUGCUGCUCGUCGCGUGGAACAUUGUUUUCAACAUUAAGGAGAAAUUCGCGCCAAAUCAAGAGUCGAAAGAAGAAUUGUCCUUCUACAAAUCCUUCUACGAAAAUUUGCUGUGCAACAAGGCGUUCUGGUGUUGCGUCGGGACCUUCGUCUGCGGGCCGACGGCGAUAGUGUUAGUCCAGGCGAAUGUCGCGAUGUUCUGCAAAUACGUAUGAAAUGCAAAAGCAUUGUACACUAGUAGAAAUCGCAUGACAAAUUUCCUCAGCGUGAGAAAUAAAAUUUGUAAUGGGGAUUUGACUUGAGAAGGAAAUUUGUUAUGCAUGACUGCGAUUAGUACGAGUGCGAUAAGUACUUUUGCAAUGCAUAAUACGCUUUGAAAGACGAAUCUAUCGUGAAUAUCGUGUUGGGUUCCGUGCAAGCAACCGCGAUAUUCGCAAUGUUCGGGUGGGCGAAACUAGUCUCCGGUCCAUUGAAAAAGAAGAAACGGGAGAAGGCGCUGGGUGGGGGAAGCAAAUCAGCAAUAGCGAAUGAUCCGGAUAAUUUAUUUCAUACCACUGGUGAUCAACGUGCCGCGGAGGUGGACGAGGAUAAUCAUGUAGUCGGUGCAAUCGAGAUCGAGGAUGUGGAACCGAAAAUUUUUAGCUCCUCACUGGCCGCAGAAAAUACCAGUAGCGGUUUGAACGAAAUAGAUCUUGGCGAGAAGCAACUGCGAGACGACCAUCAAUUCCCAAACGGGCUUGAUGAUGAUGAACAACUCGCAGAAAAAGCAAUACCAGAUGGAGAAAAUAAAAACUACCCCCAAGGAGGUAAAGCUGUCGCAGAAGAAGAUCUUCAACACCAAGAGCCGCAGUCAAGAGCCGCCGCCGCCGCGAUGAAGAUCACCGCGCUGUCCAGCGAUUUCGCAGACUACGUCACUAGUACAACCACCUACGCGGGAUCCUACGUGAAAUCCGUGAAAUUCCCCUACGUUCCACUUCUUCAGCAGACAUCCGAACAGAUUCUGGGCGUCGACUGGGACAAGCGGCACAUGCUCCUCAUCGGGGGCCCGAUUCUCGCGGGGGCUUUGAUAAUGGUCUCUUUCUUUGACGAAAACACACCAACCCUGGCGAUCAUUUUUACCUGUCUUGUCGUGGGCAUGAUGCUGCCGGUGGUGUAUUUGACGCCGUAUUCGCUCUUGCCAGACCUAAUUGAAGACGACGAGAUCCGAACGGGAAGGCGAAGAGAGGGUGUGUACGCCGGGUUUAGCAACGUCUCGUUAAAACUCUCGAUCUCCGUGGCCCUCGCCGGCACAAACGGGUUACUGGAAUCAGCCGGGUACCAGCCGCCGGCGACCUCUUGCGGCGGGACAGGAAUUUCCGCUAAUCCUGCCGACAUAGCAGACGGAACGUCCGUUGACGGGGACUACCAGCCACAGGCCGUGGUGGAUAUUCUGCGGUUUCUGAUGGGGCCGGCGCCCGCGAUUUGCAUCUUUUUCGCCACGAUAUUCGCGUACAGUUUCCCGAUCAGCAAGAGAAAAGCCACGCAAAACGUGAAGAAAGCGAGGAAGAGCAGGAUGGAGAACUUGGAGAGACAGGCGCAGGAGGACAAGUUGACGGAAGUCGACAAGCAGGCUUUGAUGACUUUGAAACUGGAGGGGCAACUAGCGGCGAACGACGAGGAAGAGGAAAAAACGACACUGGAAUUCCGCGCAGAAUCUCUUGAAAACAACUCCAGUUCCAGCAACAGUGGAGACGUCGGAAUUAUGCCGAUGGGGAACGAGAACGACAUGAUCAUGCAGGGGUUUGGUAGUCACCAGACAGGCGGGGGUUUGAUAAUAAACGAUAGUAGUGGAGAGGCAACAACGACGAUGAUGGAAAUGAAUACAACGCCGCCGACGGUUUUUGCGGUGAGAAAACGGUCCAAGGACAUCAACUCGAAGGAGAAUUUGGAUUUUUCUGCAGCUGCUCGGGGGGAUUUCGGCGAGGAUGCUGCGGGAACUGAUGGUACGGUGCCCGAUGCGUUUUGAAAGGAGUGGUGAAUGGAGGGUGGAGGGAGUGAUGUUGGUGAUGAGGUCGUGUUGCAUAUAUAAUAAUCCAGGAGCAGCAACAUAUUUCCGCAGUAGCUAGCUUUUGGACAUCAAAACCAACGUGCAGAAUUUACGUCCGUGUUGAAGUAGGCACGCACAGGCACACACUAGAAUUCAAAUUUUUGAAACUUAAAGAACGGCUUUCCAAGAACGUGCCAGUUGGUCUGCGAAAAGUAAAGGCAGCAGGUUUUUCGAUCUUCCACGAGUUGGCUAGGCAAGUGUUUGUGUUCGGGUAUUUUUCACUGAGGAUGGCAUUAUACAUCGCUAGCGUUCAUUUUCGUCUCUACGCUGCCCGUGCGCUCGUCUUGCAAUGCGUUCUAUCGUUGCUGUGUG